UCUCGUUUGAAUAGUCAGUCCCGGAAGUCUUCCUACUAACAUUUAAAUAAUAAUGUGAACUGAAUUCAUUAAUUAACAAAUACAUUAUCAAAAUGCUGCGUGUGCCAUUAACACUUCUCUGGAUUAUAAAUUCUGUGAUAUCAGCGGAUCUUAGCCCCAAAUUAACCAAAGUAUGGGGCCCUGGACUGAAACCUGAUGAUAUUGUGAUGCCAGCAAGAUAUUUUUUUAUUCAGGCUGUUGAUAAAAAUAAUAAAAGUAUUGAAGAUCCACUGUCAGAAGAUUUUAAUGUUAAAAUAGAUGGUUUUACUACAAAUAAUAGACCUUGCAGAGUUUGGAUUAAUAAUUUAAACAGAAAAGAUGGUUCCUACAUUAUUAGAUACAAAUUAUAUGACCCCUGUGCCAAUAUGAACAUAAUUAUAAAGCAUGGUAAUCAGCAUGUUGCAGAUUCCCCUUAUUUAAUAAAGAAAAAAGUUUAUCCUGAUGAUUGUGAUUGUCCAAUGAAUACUGUGGAUGAAUUUCUUAAAAAGUGGGAUUGUGAAGAUUUGCCAUUUUAUAUCAGUAAAAAGAUUGAUGCUUUUGAAACUUUAGACUGGGAUAAAAUAAGAGAUGAUCUGAUAGAAAAAUUUGAUCAACCUUUAUCAGUAAGUUUAUGUCAGUAUGUUAUAAAAAACAAUAAGAUUUUUAGAAAAUGUUUUGGUAAAUAUGUUGGGUUCAGUAUGUUCAUGGACAGCAUAUUAAUCUCAUUAACUAGAAAAGUAAAAUUACCAGAUUUGGAGUUUUUUAUUAAUCUAGGGGAUUGGCCUUUGUCCAGUCAUACUUAUCCAGAAAAAUAUCCUAUUUUAUCAUGGUGUGGCAGUACAAAUAGUCAUGAUAUAAUUAUGCCCACAUAUCAGAUAACUGAAUCUAGUUUAGAAAAUAUGGGGAGAGUAAUUCUAGACAUGCUUUCUGUUCAGGGUAAUGUACAAGACAAAUUUGAAAAUCGAAUACCAAAAAUAUUUUGGAGAGGUAGAGAUUCAAAUAGGCACAGAUUAGAUUUAAUAACAAUGUCCAGGGAACACCCUGAUUUAUUUAAUGCUUCUCUUACAAAUUUCUUCUUUUAUAGAGAUCAAGAACAUAUUUAUGGACCGAAAACUGAUCACGUUUCAUUCUUUAGAUUCUUUGAUUACAAGUACCAGUUAGCCAUUGAUGGUACAGUAGCUGCUUAUAGACUACCAUAUUUACUUGCUGGAGGGUCUUUACUAUUUAAACAAGAUUCUAUGUAUCAUGAACAUUUUUACCAACAAUUGGAACCCAAUUACCACUACAUUCCUGUUAAAAAAGAUCUAUCAAACCUUCUGGACAGAUUACAGUGGGCAAUGGAGAAUGAAGAAAAAGCGAAGAAAAUCGCGAAAAAUGGACAAAAAUUCGCUAAUGACAAUUUACUGGCCAAAAAUAUAUUUUGUUAUCAUGUUAAUUUAUUUAAAGAACUAAAAGAAAAAAUUGUUAGCAAAAUUGAAGUACUUGAUGGCAUGGAACAAGUGAAUCAAACCAAAGUACAGGAAUGUGAUUGUGCAGUAAAUAAAUUUAAAGAUGAACUGUAGGAAAAUACUAUUUUUAUAUAAACAUAUUUAAUUUUUAUUAUGUAGUCUUUGAGAAAAACAAAAUUCUAUAGUGAUUGUCCCAUAUAUAAAUAAAACAAUUUAUUGUAAAAAUUCUAUUAUUUAAAAAGUAAUUGUACAGUGUGCAUUUAAAUAAAAUAAAUUGGAUUAGGGU